AUGGGAUCACUCGUGCGAAACAAGAUCUGUGAAGAAGUGAGAAACAGUGGACACUUUACUUUGAUGGGAGAUGAAACACGAGAUAUUAGCAAGAAGGAGCAGGUUUCAAUUGUUGUGAGAUAUGUCAAGGCCUCUGCAGUGUAUGAAAGGGUUCAAGCACAGAUUCGGAAGUUAUGUCCUCAAGCCAUUUACAUGCAUUGCUUCGCACAUAGGUUAAACCUAGUUCUUGUGGACUGCUCGAAGAACGUGGAAUUCGUCAGCGAAUUCUUCUCUGUUUAUCAAAUGCUCUACCUGUUUUUGUCAUCUUCUGCUGUUCUGCCUGUGUUUGAGGAAGUCCAGAGGGUGGCAGUUCUGCAAUCACUCAAAGAAAUAGUUGCUACUUUAGAGGAUCUUACUGAGAACGACAGAGACAGUAAGCGAAGAGUCAAAGCAGGAGGUCUCUUGACACAUGUCAGGACCUUCAGGUUUAUAUUCAUAUUGGUUUUACUCGUCAAGGGACUUUCAAUAACCAAAGGACUGUCAGAUCAAUUGCAAGAUGACUCACUUGAUCUAGCAGCUGCAGCGGAACUUGUUGACUCUGUCCUGUCAUCUAUUCGUAGCAGCAGAAGUGACAAAGAGUGGGAGAGAACUUGGAAGGCUUCUGUUGAUUUGGCUGAGCGUUUGGGGAUUGCUGUUGUAGAUGUACGUCGCAAGGGUAAGAAACGAAACUCUCAACGACUACUUACCGAUAUGGUAGUGUUGGAUACAACAGGAAGAAGAGAUGUAGCCGGAGACGAUUCAACUGAAGAAAUGAAGAAGCCACUACUAAACAUUAUUAUCGAGCACAUGUCUACAAUCCUGUUAUUGAUUCAUGGGUAGGCGAGUUACAACGACGAUUUUCAGAAGAAAAUAGAGAAAUCAUGAAUUCUAUCCAAGCUUGUUCUCCGCAUUCUGGGAAAAACUUUCUUAGUUCAGAGAAGCUUAUGCCACUUGCUACUAGGUAUGGUGUCAACGAAACAGCACUGAUGGAAGAGCAAUGCAAACAAGCUAUGCAUAUCCUCUCAGGCAAGCAGCUAACAGCCAUUUCUGAUGUUCUUUUUUAUUUGAAUCGCAACAAGAAGGGGUUUGCCAUUAUUGUCAAGCUGUUGACAAUAGCUCUUACACUAGGUGUAAGUACGGCUACCUGUGAGCGAUCGUUCUCAAACUUGAGAGGACUAAAACUUACCUACGGUUGACAAUGAGCGACAGCAGAAUGAACAACCUGGCAAUUUUGUCAAUUGAGAAAGACUUGUCUUGUAACUGGUUAACUUUUGGUAUGACAAUAGAUAGGUUUGCUUCAGUAGACAAAGGGAGAAGGCUAACAUUAA